AUGAGCGAGCUGUUUGUGGGACAAUUCAGGGCUUCUGUUACUUAUGCCCCACCUACCAACACUCUAGCUAAUAUUAAGCAGAAGGAACACGAGACGUUAAGAGGGUACUUCAAACGAUUCAACUCAGAGGUGCCCCGUGUCAGGCCAACAUCAAAGGAAACCCUGAAGAAUUUCUUGAUAGCAUGGGUAAGGCCUGGAACAGACUUCUGGAAGGAGCUGCAAGGGCGGGAGCCCGAAACCCUGGUUGACUUCUUUGCUAGGGCAGAGCCCCAUAAGGUGAUCGAGGAAUCUCUAACCAAGCUUAAAAAGGAGUCGAAGUCUGAAAGCCGUAGCAGCUGGCAAAAUAAGAGGGAGAGGUCUUACAGCCCAGAAAAGAGGAACACCUAUAAGAGGAACCCCUACGUAAGGCCUACGGGUGAGAAGCCUUCAAGCCGAGAUCGCAAGACUUCACCCAUUAUUGUGAACACAACCAGCACACAGGGCUUCGACAAGUCAAGGCUAACGAUGAGGAAGACAAGAGAAGCAAGGUACCAUGAAUACACGCCUCUGACAGCCUCCAUAGAUCAUAUUUUCGAGGUUGGAGACAAGGCGAGACUCUUCCGGAAGCCCUUUCGAAACAGACCCCCUGGGAAGAAAGACCAGGGGAAAUAUUGUGCUUUCCAUGACUUAAAUGGGCAUGACACGACGGAGUGUGUUCAUCUUAAAGACCACAUAGAACACCUUAUCAGAACCGGGUACCUGACGGAAUUUGUAGCCCAAGAGGCUAAAAAGUACAAGCAGAAGAAGGCCAAAAGGGCAAAUGGCCAGGGAGCAAACCGCAAUACUCGGGCUGGCAGUGUACGAACAAUCAUCGGAGGACCCUUCGUGGGAGGCCAGGGAUGCAGUGCUAUGAGGAGAUAUGUAAGGGAAGCCCGAGGGCCACCCUUAACCAAUGUGUGCUAUCUGUCUGAAAGGCCUCCCAAAAUGUUCAAAGGGGAGACCAUGGACAUUACCUUUACUGAGGAGGAUGCACGCACGGUACACCAUCCUUAUAGCGAUGCCCUGGUAGUAACAGCCGUGAUUGGAAAUGUCAAUGUACACAGACUUCUUGUCGACAACGGAAGCUCUGUCAACAUCCUGGCCUAG